AUGGCUAGUAAGGCAGAGCAACUUGCGAUCCCAAUCAUCAACCUCGAACCACUUAGGUCUGGGACCUCAGAUGAAGCUUUGGACACUGGAAAGAAAGUUUAUGAGGCAUUCAGAGAUGUAGGGUUUGCAUAUAUCAGAAAUCAUGGAUUGCCUCAAGAACUCUUAGAUCAGGCAUUUGAAUGGAGUUCCAAGUUUUUCGAUCUUUCACAGGCGGACAAAGACAAGGCGCCGCAUCCGCCAUAUGGCUGGUGGCACCGGGGGUACUCCGGAGUGGGACGAGAAAAGGUUGUCCAGAUGGUCUACGACAAAGAAUCCAUCGAUGCCCUACGAAAAUGUCCUGAUUUCAAGGAGUCAUUUGAACUCGGCCGCGAGGACGACGAGCGCACUCCCAAUAUCUGGUUUCCAGAGGAAGUGCUGCCCGGGUUCCGCGAUUUCUUCACGAAAUUCUUCGAUGUCUGCUACGAGAUCGAGCUGAAUCUUCUCCGAGCGAUCGCGCUGGGAAUGUCACUUCCCGAGAACUUCUUCAAGGAGUAUCACACUAAACGAGACAAUCAGAUUCGACUGCUGCAUUAUCCACCAGUCGAGGCAGAAUUGCUUCGUAACGGAAGUAUGGAACGGAUCGCGGCGCACACGGAUUUUGGUACCAUGACUCUGCUCUUCCAAGACCAAGUCGGUGGUCUGGAAGUUGAAGACAUCCAUGAAAAGGGGAAAUUCAACCCUGCGCCAUUCAUCCCAGGGACCAUCGUGGUAAAUAUUGGCGAUUUUCUGCAAAGAUGGAGUAAUGACACGCUCAAGUCGACGCUUCAUCGUGUAAGGGCCCCGCCACUUGUCGAAGGAAUAACAAAGGCGAGAUACUCGAUACCAUACUUCGUCACGGCUGAUCGUGACAGGACAAUCGAUUGUAUCCCUGGUUGUGCCAGUGAGGCCAGGCCCAGCAAGUAUGAACCAAUCAACGCAAGAGAAUAUAUCGAGAUGCGAUUGAACGCGACAUAUUGA